AUCGCACAUCGAGUCCAACGGUUGUUCUCGUUUCCGAUAUGGAAUCGCUCCAACAGCAGCACCAGCACCAUUUAUCGGGAAGUGAGGUUGCCGGUACACGCACCGGAGGUGCUAGUGCUCCUAUCACAACGAUCACCACGACCAGCACCACCAGCUCCACCGCCGCAGUGCUACUUGCCGACCUGAGUUCAAUUCGCAUAAAAGGCGACGAAUUGUCGCGGUCUGCUUCAUCUCCUUUGAUGAGCAGCCGAUCAAAGGAAAUACCCGGCCUGGACAGCCAACGGUCUCGCCACUGUCCGGUGGUACGGGAGGGUCCCGCGCUGGGUUGCAAUUUCUGCUGGAACACAAGGAGGAUACUGCGACGGAAAACCAAGUACCACUGUCCCGAGUGCCAGACGAACUUGUGCAUUGCGCCCUGCUUCCAGGAGUAUCACGAACGCCAAUCGGCGGAGAACCCUGCCCCCACCAGCAACGACAGCGGAAGCGGCUGUGUGUAUGGUGUAGGUGGAUUGUACGCAAAAGUGGAUCUCCGAUUUGUUGAGAAUCUUUACUUUUGCGGAAUUGUGUCAUUUUUUUUUUAUGGGUAAGAAUAGAACACUCAUUCAGACUAUUGCUAGGAAGAAACAUGUUUUGUAACGCUGCCUCCGGCUUGGAUCGCUCCCCCGAUCACGCUCGUCUACUCAGAUUUACCUGGACCGUUUUAUUGUAUUCGGAUUUUCUUUGAAAUAAUCAACCAAGAGGCGGAAAAAGUAUACAAUUAUUAACGAAAAUGUUUUACAAAUCAAAUUCGGUAGAAAAACACACAAAUCUGAUAGAAGGCGACGAUGAUCGUAAUCCCUUUUGUCGGCAGAGUGACCGCUUGGAGGUUCAGGUCAUAUUUGUGAAAGUUUUCCCGUACAAUAUAAAAUAUUUGCACCUAAAUAAAGAAUAAAAAAAAUAUAUAUAAAA